AUGUCGGCAGCGUCUCUCACUCGCUCUCUCGCGAGACUCAGCCUGGCCUCUGGUUCGCAGGCCGCUCGGAUCCCCGUCCGACAGCCCGCCAGAUUCGUCGCUCCCGUUGCUCAUUCAUCGCUCCGCAUCCUAGCACGCACAUAUGCUACGCCUGCUUCUUCCGCGACUAUCCGUCUUGGCAAUCUCCAGCCUGGUCAGCCCACCAAGAACCGCAAGAGACUUGGUCGUGGUCCAUCCUCGGGACGAGGUGGAACGAGUACACGAGGUCACAAAGGUCAAAAGGCACGAGCGGGUAACGGCAAGCCAGUUCCCGGCUUCGAAGGUGGUCAGACACCGCUCACUCGACGAUACCCAAAGCGAGGAUUCAACAACGUCCACGGUCAAACCUUUGUCCCUGUCAACUUGGACAAGAUCCAACACUGGAUCGACCGAGGCUUGCUCGACCCUUCCCGCCCCAUCACAGCCAAGGAGCUGUAUGAGACGAGAUGCAUUCACUCGCUCAAGGAUGGCGUCAAGAUCCUCGGUGAAGGCGCCAACUUCCUCGAUUCGUCCGUCAACCUCAUCGUUUCAAGGGCGAGUCAAUCGGCCAUCGACGCAAUCGAGAAGGCGGGAGGAAGCGUAGAGUGCAGAUACUACACUCCGCUCAGCUUGAGAGCGCUCGUCAAACCGCACAAGUUCGCAGGCAAGAUCUUGCCAAGAGCGGCUGAUCCCAUCAACAAGAAGGAUCUGGUCUGGUAUUCGUCGCCCAGGAACAGGGGUUACUUGGCAAAGAGGGCUGCCUUGACAAGGGCUCUCAAUGCUGAGGAAACAGCGGCCAAGGAGGAGAGCGUGUCAGAGGCGACUGCCUGA